ACAUUGUAAGUUCUUUCCUGCUGACGCUGAAAUACUGUACAAAACUCGCUAAAUAGCGAAGGUGAAUUCUCGCUUGCAGGCACUCGCAUGACAAUAAAUUAUUAAUCGCGCACGCUAACCUGUCUGAGCUUGUGUACAAAAUGAGCCCUCUAAAAAACCUGCCGUUAUGUUGCUGCUUCCUCAUUGCGUUUCUCCGAAUAUGCCGUUCGGAUGAUGCACCGCGUCUUGGGUGGGAUUUCUGGCUUAAUCCGAACCGUCCGAACAUUACCGGGCCGUUACAUGUUUCCGAUUCCACACCGGUGAUCGCAUCCACCCAGUUAUUUCCAACUCCGGCAACUACUCAAAAUGCUGGUCAAACGCUCACCACUUCGACAGUGUUACCGGCAUCAUCUACCGCGCGGACGACGACAAAUGCUACAUGGAAUGAUACAUUACGCUGCGGGACACCACGUGUGGGAUUUUACGAUCCGUUCGGUUUAUCCGAUCUCAAUAUCGCCGUCUGGACGGAUGCACUGCAGCUGCCGGUUCCCAAAAGUAGGCUGACCAUGGCGCUAACUAUAGUCGGAGGACAGGACACUGACCCCGAAAAGAUCUGCUGGCAGGCAAAGCUGCAUAAGGACAAGAAGUUCGUCUGUGGCGCCUCCAUCAUCGGUAAACGGACGAUUCUAACUGCAAGUCACUGUGUCAACGACUUCCGCACAGCGACGACCAUGUCUCCAGAUCGGUUUCGCGUUGUUGUUGGCGCGCCCUUCAGCCAGACGCUGGAGCGGGAUGAACAUGGUUUACUGAAAGACAACAGCAGCAGCUGCGCGCAGAUCUUCAACGUGACAAAGGUCAUUGCCAAUCCCCAGUUUGUCCGUCUCACGAACGACCGCGAUAUCGCCCUGGUUACCUUGAGCAGUGACAUUAAUUUUGCCGACAACUGCGUGUGUCCUGUGUGUCUUAGUCGGAUGAAACCGAAAGUCGGUGAAAUGUGUGCCGUUAGCGGAUACGGUCUGGAGAAGGAAGGUGGCGGCAUGGGUGGAAGAAGUCCGCGACCAUUAAAAUUCGUACGAAUCAACAUAAAGAAAACCGUCUACGAUAACAACUGCUACAUUCAAGCUCUGGGAGGCAAAAAACCCAAUCUGGAUGAUUUCAUCUGCGCUGGAGAUGUUUUGGGUGAAGACACAUGCCAGGGCGAUAGUGGCGGUCCCGUGGUUUGUAUGGAUCCCAUCACGCAUCGACAUUACCAAAGUGGGAUAGUUUCCUACGGAAAGGGAUGCGGACGCGGGAUUGGCGGCAUGUACACAAGGGUAUCUAAUUUUAUUGACUGGGUAAAAGACAAUGCGGGAGGUGACGUUUUGGGCUUGGUGGAUUAGCUGUUCACACGUACGAGGCUCGUCGCACCAUAUCUUUGCGGACUGUGAUUGCUAAACUGUGCUAAAGAUUUUUUGUAUUUUAAAUAUACAGAAUACAAACAAGGUCAGAUCGAGAAUUUGUUCUUCGUAAUAUUGUGGUUACCGGAAUGCUGUAAUAUUAUUUGUAAUACUUAGUGACUACUUACUGUACCUACGUCAAAUUGCUGUUUAUACUUUAUGGCAGUCAUGCUGCCGCAAUAUGUGCCU